AUGGCGAGCCUUCCUGAAGAUAUUAUCAUGGAUAUACUCUUGAUAUUACCAGUCAAAUCCAUCUCUCGUUUCAGGUGUGUAUGCAAACUUUGGUAUGAAUUGUUCAAAAACCCUAAUUUUAUUAAAACGCAUCAUCACCGUGCUAUUGAAAACAACAAAUAUACUGUACUACUUAAAACAUGGGAUUGGUCACAAUGCGUUUUUUAUUCCAUAGAUUUUGAUGUAACAUCCUCGUCUUAUCAUAUGCCUGUUAAAACUCAGCUCCCGCCACAUACAUUUAACCGUGGCUUUGAUCGACCUAUUGUUUCAUGUGAUGGUCUAAUCGGAUUAAAUCUUAUGAAUAAGAUCUGCUUCUGGAAUCCGUCAACCAGAGAAUACAAGUGUAUUUCGACAUUAGAUGUUAACGAAGCCUAUUAUUUUUUGAUAUAUGGGGUAUGUUACGAUUGGAAAAUUUGUGAUUAUAAGUUGUUCAAAAUAGUGGUUAGGGAACGACAUAUCGAUAUCUCUUCCGAAAUUUGGGUAAGUAGAUUAGGUUCAAAUUCAUGGAAUAACAUCGGAAGCAUACCUUACAAUAUAUAUCGUGCUAAGUUUUGUGCGAAGGCAUUAAAUGGAAUUAUUCAUUGGUUAGGAAAAGAAAAUGUUGUUGUUUCAUUUGAUAUAAUAGAAGAGCUAACCGAGGAAUUCCAGUUACCUGAUUGCUACAUAAACAAUACAAGCUACUCGCCUUCUGAUUAUAUGGAAGUGGGUGUCUUGGUAGAUGACCUUUACCUAUUAGCUAAUGCUACAUGUGGCAGGAGUAACAUCGAUCUGUGGGUGAUGAAAGAUUAUGGAGUUACAGAUUCUUGGACCAAAAUUUUCAGCCUUUCCCCAGAUAUAACGAAGUUCGAUAAGUUAUUGCCACUGCAUUAUCUCAAUGAGAAUCACCAGAUUCUACUAAAGGGUGAACAUAUAAUAUGGAAAGAGGAUGCUUUAGUCUCGUACGACCCAAAAAGCGGAAGACUAGUGAAUCUUGUUAUCCACCGCUUGCCAAGACACUUUAAUGCGACUGCCUUUGCUGCAAGUAUAGUUUCACUCAAUUCGCGUGAAUUGGUAAAGCCUACAGAAAUAUCUAAGGUGCACACCAGGCAUGGCGCUGCAAGUAUAUUUUCAAUCCAUUCACGUGAAUUGGUAAAGGCUGCAAAAACAUCUAAGGUGGAUACCAGGCAUGGCGCACAUAAGUUCUGUUUGCUGGCGGUUGAGCGAGUGAAAUCCGGGUAUUCGGAGUUACAAAGCUGCAGCUCCUACACUGGUCUAGUCUGUUCUGUAGAUUUACAAGCUAUCUUCAGUUUUAGUUUCUUGUCAUUCAAAGUUUGA